GGAUGCAGAAUGUGAUUAACACGGUGAAGGAAAAAGCACUGGAAAUAGCUGAGUACCUGACCCCAGUCUUCAAGGAAUCAAAGUUUAAGGAAACAGGUGUUAUCACCCCAGAAGAGUUUGUAGCGGAUGGAGAUCACUUAGUCCACCACUAUCCAACAUGGGAAUGGGCUACAGGGGAAGAAUUGAAAGUGAAGGCAUACCUACCAACAGGCAAACAAUUGUUGGUUACCAAAAAUGUGCGAUGCUACAACCGGUGCAAACAGAUGGAAUAUUCAGAUGAAUUGGAAGCUAUCAUUGAAGACGAAUAUGGUGAUGGGGGAAGGGUAGAUACUUAUCAUAACACAGGUAUUGCAGGAAUAACUGAAGCAGUUAAGGAGAUUACAUUGGAAAGCAAGGACAGUAUAAAACUUCAAGAUUGCGCAGCAAUAUGUGAGGAGGAGGAAGAAGAUGAUGAAGGAGAACCUGCAGAUAUGGAAGAACAUGAAGAAAGUGGAUUGUUGGAAACAGAUGAGGCUACCCUAAACACAAGAGAAACAGGAGAAGCUUGUAAAACUAAAACUGAUGCUGGAGGUGAAGAUGCUAUUUUGCAAACAAGAACUUAUGACCUUUAUAUCACUUAUGAUAAAUACUACCAGACACCACAAUUAUGGUUGUUCAGCUAUGAUAAGCAAAGGCAGCCUUUAACAGUUGAACACAUGUAUAAAGACAUCAGUCAAGAUAUAUAUGUGAAGAAAACAGUGACCACUGAAAAUCAUCCUCAUCUCCCACCGCCUCCUAUGUUUUCAGUUCACCCAUGCAGGCAUGCUGAGGUGAUGAAGAAAAUAACUGAAACUGUUGCAGAAGGAGGGGGAGAAUUUGGUGUUCACACGUAUCUCCUAAUUUUCUUCAAGUUUGUACAAGCUGUCAUUCCAACAAUAGAAUAUGACUACACAAGAUACUUCACAAUGUAACAAAGAGAGCAUAGAAUCUAU